UGUGGUUAAGGUUAGGUUUAAUAAAAAUCAGAAUUUAAGAAGAUAAAUUGUAGAAAUAGGCGGAGUUUGUGACUUUGUGACUGUGGCAACCAUGGUGAUAAUGGUGCUUUCAUGACAACAGGGAACAAGGUCAAAUCAAAUCUUAUUUGUCACAUGCGCUGAAUACAACAGGUAUAGUAGACCUUACCGUGAAAUUCUUACUUACAAGCCCUUAAGCAACAAUGCAACUCGAUAAAUAGUUUAAAAAAUAUUAACAAAAACAAAUAUAAAAAAAGUUACAAGAAAAUGACAUAACAAUAAUGAGGCUAGAUAAAGGGGAUACCUGUACAGAGUCAAUAUGCGUGGGUAAAGGUUAGUUAAAGUAAUUUGUCAAGUGACUAUGCAUAGAUAAUAAACAGAGAAGCAGCAGUGUAAAAACGAAGGGGAGGUGGGGGGUGUAAAUGUAAAUAGUCCGGGUGGCCAUUUUAAUAAUUGUUCAGCAGUCUUAUGGCUUGGGGGUAGAAGCUGUUAAAGAGCGUUUUGGUCCUAGACUUGGCGCUCUGGUACCGCUUGUCAUGCGGCAGCAGGGAGAACAGUACAUGACUUGGGUGACUGGAGUUUUAGAUCAUUUUUUGGGCCUUCCACUGACACCACCUAGUAUAUAGGUUCUGGAUGUCAGGAAUUUUGGCCCCAGUGAUGUACUUGGCCGUACGCACUACCCUGUAGCACCUUGCGGUCAGAUGCCGGAGCAGUUUCCAUACCAACUGGGCAGGAUGCUCUAGAUGGUGCACCUGUUUUACUUUUUGAGGAUCAGGGGACCCAUGCCAAAUCUUUUCAGUCUCCUGAUGGGAAAAAUGUGUAGUCGUGGCCUCUUCACAACUGUCUUGGAGUGUUUGAACUAUGAUAGUUUGUUGGUGAUGUGGACACCAAGGAGCUUCAAACUCUCAACCCACCCCACUUCAGCCCUGUUAAUGUUAAUGGGGGCUUGUUCGGCACUCCUUUUGCUGUAGUCCACAAUCAUCUCCUUUGUCUUGCUCACGUUGAGGGAGAGGUUGUUGUCCUGGCACCACACUGCCAGGUCUCUGACCUCCUCCCUAUAGGCUGUCUCAUCGUUAUCAGGCCUACCACUGUUGUGUCAUCAGCAAAUGUAAUGAUGGUUUUGGAGUCGUGCUUGGCAACUCAGUCGUGGGUGAACAGGGAGUACAGGAGGGGACUAAGCACGCACCCCUGAGCCACCCAGUGUUGAGGAUCAGCGUGGCAGAUGUGUUGUUGCCUACCCUUACCAACUGGGGGCGGCCCGUCAGGAAGGCCAGGAUCCAGUUGCAGAGGGCGAUAUUUAGUCCCAGGGUCCUUAGCUUAGUGAUGAGCUUUGAGGGCACUAUGAUGUUGAAUGCUGAGCUGUAGUCAAUUAAUAGCAUUCUCACAUACAGUUGAAGUUUACAUACACUUAGGUUGGAGUCAUUAAAACUUGUUUUUUAACCACUCCACAAAUAUCUUGUUAACAAACUAGUUUUGGCAAUCUCCUUUGUGCGUGACAGAAGUCAUUUUUCCAACAAUUGUUUACAGAUUAUUUCACUUAUAAUUCACUGUAUCACAAUUCCAGUGGGUCAGAAGUUUACAUACACUAACUUGACUGUGCCUUGGAAUAUUCAGCUUGGGAAAUUCCAGAAAAUGUCAUGGCUUUAGAAGCUUCUGAUUGACAUCAUUUGAGUCAAUUGGAGGUGUACCUGUGGAUGUAUUUCAAGGCCUACCUUCGAACGCAGUGCCUCUUUGUUUGACAUCAUGGAAAAAUCAAUUGAACUCAACAAAGACCUCAGUAUAAAGUAUAAACACUAUGGGACCACGCAGCCAUCAUACCGCUCAGGAAGGAGAGGCGAAACCCUCCCUAACUUGGAUGACGCUAGGCCAAUUGUGCGUCGCCCCAUGGACCUCCCGGUCGCGGCCGGCUGUGACAGAGCCUGGACUCGAACCCAGAGUCUUUGGUGGCACUGCCUUAGACCACUGCGCCACCCGAGAGGCCCCUAGAUCAUACUUUUUGGAGAAAUGUCCUCUGGUCUGAUGAAACAAAAAUAGAACCCGUUGGCCAUAAUGACCAUCCUUAUGUUUGGAGGAAAAAGGGGGAGGCUUGCAAGCCGAAGAACACCAUCCCAACGUGAAGCACGGGGGUGGCAGCAUCAUGUUGUGGGGGUGCUUUGCUGCAGGAGGGACUGGUGCACUUAAAAUAAAUGACAUCAUGAGGCAGGAAAAUUACGUGGAUAUAUUGAAGCAACAUCUCAAGACAUCUGUCAGGAAGUUAAAGCUUUGUCGCAAAUAGGUCUUCCAAAUGAACAAUGACCCCAAGCAUACUUCCAAAGUUGUGGCAAAAUGGCUUAAGGACAAUAAAGUCAAGGUAUUGGAGCCCUGACCUCAAUCCUAUAGAAACCCCCUGACCUUAAUCCUAUAGAAAAUUUGUAGGCAGAACUGAAAAAGCUUGUGCAAGCAAGGAGGCCUACGAACCUUACUCAGUUACACCACUUCUGUCAGGAGGAAUGGGCCAAAAUUCACCCAACUUAUUGUGGGAAGCUUGUGGAAGGCUACCUGAAACGUUUGACCCAAGUUAAACAAUUUAAAGGUAAUGCUACCAAAUAGUAAUUGAGUGUGUGUAAACUUCUGACAUAAAUAAAAAAGUAAACGUGGGCUAUUAAUUACAUAAUUUUUUUCACAUGGUUGGGGUGCCAGAAUUUUCAGAUAUCAAAAUGGUGUCAUGGGCCAAAGAAGUUUGGAUGGCAUGCAGUAAACCCCUGGGGCUUUCACAAAGUCAAAUUGGCAUAUCGUAACAAGUCAUGAAAACAAACAUUUGCUUUUUGGUCAUAAUUCAAGGUUAGGGUUAGCAGUGUGAUUACGGUUAGAGUUUAAAAUCAAAUUUUAAGAAGAUAAAUUGUAGAAAUAUAAUGAGUUUGUGACUUUGUAGCUGUGGUACCUAGUGACGACCAACAUGCAGGAACGGCCAGAAUAGGCCCACAGUUCACUUUCUUGAAGCUGGGGGGCAAUGUUGAGUCGAUAUAGAAUAUGGGGUUUCCAUGGAAAUAGGGGAACGCUGACUUCUCGCUCAGCAGACAGUAAGGUGUCAAACAAACAAUCAUCAGCUGUUUUGUGAAGUUUUAGCUAGCCAACAUGGGUAAGAAGAAGUCAUCAGAUGAAGACAAAACUACGUUGGCGGAGGCCUUUAUCAAUUUUCAGCUCCAAGUUAAGCGAAAGGAAAUACAUGAGUGCCAGGAGGAGGUCAGUCAACUCGAGACAAAGAAGCAAAGAUACAUCGAAUUGAGGGAGCAGUUGAAAGAGGAGCAGUUGGGGCACAUCAAGGUCUUGCGGAAGCAGGCUAAAGAACAGGAGAGUAAGCUGGAGCAGAGAGAGGUGGUCAACAAAGAGCAGGUGGAGCAAGCUCUGCAGCAGAACUUGGAGCUAGUCCGCAGCCAGGAGAAAGAACUGGCAGAGCUGCGCGCUGAAGUCAUCCGCCUGGAGGAGGAAGUGCUCGUCUUGCAGGCUGAGAGGCACAUCAGGCAGGAGUAUAAGAUGGCCGGAAGCCAAGAGCACCAGCAGCAGAUCCAGCACCUGGAGGCUGAGCUGGCUCAGAUGCAGAAGGGGUUUCAGGAGAUGGCAGACAACAUUCAGCGCUCUCUUGAUGUAACUUUCAAUGAAAUUGACAAGAAGACAGUGCAUCUCAUAGAUGACAAAAAACAACUGGCUACAGAGAGGGCCAUCAAACACCUUGACAAGCACAGCCGACAGGAGAUCAAAGAGAAUGAGUGGCUGAAGAGAGAGCUUGCUAUUUACACAAGAGAGGUAUCCAUUACAGCAUUGGCCGUCCAACAACUGGAGGAGGAGAAUCUUGAGCACAUGGGUCAACUGUUUGAGCGUCGCCUGGAGGACCUGCAAAUCUCUAGAAAUGUCUUCCUGACUCAGGCGGCAGGCCUGGGACCCUCUGACUCCACAGUACAGGAGACCAUUAUGAAGAACGGGGUAAGCAGCAGCCCCGUACCUCCCCUCCACCCAGCAACAGAAGCAUGGCGGGCUCAAAAGCAGGCCAAAGAGUUGGAGAGGGAUGAAACAAGUGGCAGCUGCAGUGAGGCAGCCUACAGGCCAACAGAGGACCCCCUUCAGGACCUCAGUGUGCUUCUGUACGGCAGCCAGACCUACCUGCAGCAGAGAGACAUGCACCUGGGCCCUCUGGAGAUUAAGCUGCUGACUGUGGUGGGCCAGGCUCUUCCCCUGCACCCUGUGCCAUCCGAGACCCCCGGCUCCAAAGGCUCCUCAGCUCCAGAGAUGCUCCAGGCUCCCGAAGACUGGCCCCUCACUGCCCGCAUCAUCCACAAGAGGUUCAAGUAGCCAGGCCCAACCACUAAUACACACCUUUGUAAAUCUAGCAUUGGCCUCAUGUUGGGAUCAGAGACAUAUUACCAUUAAACCUGCAAUGAUACUACAAA